AUGUGUCGUGGCUUGCACACCUUACCCUCCUCACGUUCCUCAAGCCCCAAGCACGAUUUGAUCACUCGCCCUACAACAGCACCAGGUCCUUCCGGAAAACGGACGAAGCAAGGAGCAUUUGUCGCCGAAAGUGGGCAGCUACUUGGUCGCGGAUCCGAGAACACUUCUGCCAGUGAACCAAGGCAUCCGUGCCCAUACGAUCCCAGCUCUUAUUAUUCCUUCGCGAGUUUUGAGAAGCGGCGUUGCAGUCUCUGCGGAAUGCGAGGGCCAAAGAUCGUGCACAAUGAGCCAGGUCACACCUGCAAGACUGGUCGGCCAGGCUCACACAUCAACUCUGCAUGUACUUACAGGAGACACUCUGCAAUUGAUCCUCGUCAUCUCGCCCAUCUUGCCAAUAGCAGUGGCUCGGUACUUCUGGAACCUCGUUGCGUCACCCCAGAACGUGCUGCGAAGCGGAUUGGUAAUCCGCCCAGAAUCUUUCGGCUCCCUACUGGUAUAAUUCGAUUAUCUAUAGCGAGUACAGCCAGCGCCAGUCAGUGUCGCGAUCCUGUUGCAAGACCACCUUCAAGACUUGGCAUGAGAUCUUCUAAGGGUGGAGCACAGGGCUCACACCUCCAAAGUUCACACCUACACAGUCCUCACAUCAACAGCACUGGAUCCUCGACUAAAACGCCCACAAGCCCAAAGUUGCAUCACCUAUCUCUUCUGCCGCAUUCAGAAAACUACCCGUUUGUCCAUAAGAGCGAGAUACCACAACAUGCAAUUGCACUUCGCGCUGGUUCAUCUAGUCCACUGAAUAAUCGAACUAAUAGCCCAAGGAACGCUCCCAACAUGCGCGAGACUUCUGACUUUUCGGAUAUAGUGUACUAUGGUGGUCGAAAGCCAUCCCUCUCUGGCAAUCGAGGUGAUACACCAAAGCCGCAAGCGACUACAGUCGUCGUGAAGCAGGUAAACGUCAGAGGAAGUGCACUCAUCGACCUCCAUGCAUCGCCUCUCGAUGCCGCACUAGCCGAGAGCGAAAUGUACAGGAAGUACCUACCCAAUCAAAAACCAGCGAAGCUGUCACAUGCUUUGACUGAUGUCGCCGACAGCAGCACAUCCUUCGGCAGUCAAGAUACCGGCAGUAACAAGAUUGGCAAAAUGAGACUUGAACUCAAAGGCGGCGAUCCGGCGUUUACUGGAAUCCCUAGGCUACGAGGUGGGAGCGGGCAUGAGCGGGCUUCAACUGACACCUUCAGUUUCAAGCUCAAACGCUGGAUUCUAUUUUGCCGAUAUUGUUCAAGAUCCCACGACGACAAUGACGACGAUUUGCCUUCGGCGCGUUUGGUCGCUCCAGAAAGGGUGGCAAAGAUGCGCCAGAAGAUGAACGGAACCGCACCUCUCCCAGCCCAUCUAUGCAGAGGAACACCGAGCAUUGCGUCCAGCUCCUCUAUUCCACAUACUAAUGGAGUGGCCGAAGACCUCGCACCCGCUACUACAUUCACAACCACUAUCUUAGGCCUUCCAAGGCGCUCCAUGUCCUCCCGUUCUUCGACAUCCCUCCCUGUGCCAUCACACUUCCACCGUCGUUCCAAGUCGCCAAUCAGUCAACCCGUAACCGUGAAUCCAGCAGAAAUUCUUAUCCCACCCAUCCCAUAUCUCCGAGGCGGUGCCGAAUCACCAGACAAAAUGCCACCCACUCUCUUCUGGCUCGCUGGCGGCACUGGUCGGAAGCCAAUAAGUUUCAGUGGUUGGAAGCAAUCGCGUCCCAAACAAAGGACGGGCGGGUUGUUCGGCAUGGCUGUCUUUGGUGGGAACUAUGGACAGGAGUAUAAGCUUGAAGCGAGUGUGCUCGGUGACGUAGAGUGCUCGGCGAGCGUGAAGGUGACAGUGGGGGAUGACGCGGGUGUGAACGACGUGCGGGGCGCUGUUGAUUCGUCAAGCUCGAGCUCGAGCUCAAGUGGGUCGCUGAAGGUUGAGCCCUUGAAAGUGAUUACUGCUGUUGCAGACGAGGCUGCGCCUGUUGGAGCUGCUGAGCCUGUCCAGCGAGCGCUCACGCCACCGCCGACCGAGGCUAUAGACGAUGCACCACUGUGCAGCGGUGCAUUGCCUAUAGAUACGAACGCGGAUGUACCUGGUGAUUUCAUUGCUCCAUCUCCGUCGAGAUGGGGCAAAGACAAAGUGUACGACGUUGUCGUGUUUGCUGAGAAGAAAGGGAAGGUUCCUGAAGCUACGGCUUAGGUGCUGAUGGUGACUUGAGAUUCGGUAGCGCAUACUUCAAUAGGCCUGAACGAUACAAGCUAUAUUUUCUCUCUAUCCUGAUUUAGG